GGAAUAAUCCCGGAGUCAAACCUCAAGUCACCCCGAUCACCGCCAAUCCUGCUUCGUAGAAUAGGCACAACCAACGACAGGUGUUCAGCAGCUGACCGAGUGGACAGGGUCUUCGGCCGCAAAUUUCGUAUUGUAUGUGUAAAUACUUCGCCAAAAUGACGAAUCUGCUGACCGAAUCGGCCACCAACAUCUGGGGCACAGAGAUUAGAAAAUGUACGCCGGAGCACCGCUUGUCUCGUCACAUGACCCACAUCCUGCGCCUGUGGACGACGGACAUCUGCGAAAUGGAGGACCGCGAAUCCAAGGAACCCGAGCAGCUCAGAAAGCUGUUCAUCGGAGGUCUGAGCUUUGAAACCACGGAGGAGAGCUUAAGGGCCCAUUUUGAACAAUGGGGAAGCCUCACGGACUGUGUGGUGAUGAGGGACCCCAGCAGCAAACGAUCAAGAGGGUUUGGCUUCGUAACUUACUCCUCUGUGAUUGAAGUCGAUGAUGCCAUGAAGGCGAGGCCUCAUAAAGUGGAUGGCCGAGUUGUUGAACCCAAGAGGGCCGUGUCCAGAGAGGACUCCAACAAACCAGGUGCCCAUCUGACGGUGAAGAAGAUCUUUGUCGGUGGUAUCAAGGAGGACACCGAGGAGUACCACAUCCGAGAGCACUUUGAGAAGUAUGGAAAGAUUGAAUGCAUCGACAUCAUGGAGGAGCGGUCCACUGGCAAGAAGAGGGGAUUCUGCUUUGUGUCCUUCGAAGACCAUGACACUGUCGACAAAAUUGUCGCGCAGAAGUUUCACUCAAUCAACUCCCACAAUUGUGAGGUCAGGAAAGCUCUGUCCAAACAGGAAAUGUGUGCCAUGUCAAAUAACAGAGGGAGGAGUGGAGGAUCUGGGAACUUCAUGGACAGGGGUAGUAAUUUUGGAGGUGGUGGCGGCAACUUUGGUGGUGGCCGAGGUGGCUACGGCGGAGGCAGAGGUGGUUAUGGUGAUGAUUUUGACAAUGGUCCAGGAGGAAGUUAUGGUGGAGGUCCGGGUUAUGGAGGAGGCCGAGGAGGGGGUUAUGGAGGUGGCGGCCCCGGGUAUGGCAACCAGGGGGGUGGAUUUGGUGGCAGUUGCGAUGGUGGAUACGGAGGCAAUGGAGGAGGUUACGGAGGGGGCGGAAAUUAUAAUGACUUCGGAAAUUAUGGUGGACAGCAGUCGAGCUAUGGGCCCAUGAAGGGAAACAACUUUGGUGGCAGAAACUCGGGCGGACCCUAUAGUGGUGGCUACGGCUCUGGCGGCGGAGGUGGCUACGGCUCGCGGCGGUAUUAAUUAUUUCAUGUUUUGAUGUGGAAAAGAGGCAUUCUCUUCUUGCUGAAAAUCUGUAAAGACCUGAUAACAAGGAAGGUUCUGGAUGGGUAAGACUUUUUCAAAAUAUUAUCCAAGGCUGCUCAUUGUAAUCUUAAAAGUGCAUAUGUUUCGGGUCCUUAGAGGUAAAAAUAGCAGGAUGACAUCCAGUAUUGUUCCACUGACCAGAAUCGGCCUGUGACUCACCAUACUGCUCGAUGUACCUCUAUUAAGGCAAAAUACCUUCUAGUGUUUUAUUAUCAUUACACGCUCAAGUCGAUUCUGAUUAAGUUGUUAAGUAUUACAAAAUUAUGAAAUGCUGAUAUCCUCGAGCGCGCGAUAUCUUCAAAUUUGUUAGUGUUGGUUCAACAAUCCAAAUCGCGUCCAGUUUAUAAUAAUGUAAGAUCAUGAAAAAAGCAGCAGAUUUUCAUAUUUGACAACCAGAAACAGACAAAUAGGUUUUUAAUAUAAGGGUCGUGAAUUCUGAAUGGUUGCCAGUCCUUUUCUUCUGAUCAAAUAAGAACAAAAAAAUAAGAUUGCAGUUUUAUUACAGAUUAAUGGCGAGUUAUGAGUUCAGCCGUAUCAUAUCAAGUCAUAAGGUCCUUGUUCCUUCUCAUCACUGUGAGAAUAGGAGCAAUAAUAUAAAGGCAUAAUGAAGAAGCUCUUAUUACUCACAAGGCAUCUUGAUCGUUGAUGAGAAAGCUUAUGGUACAACUCUCGCUAGUGAUUUAGUCAUAAAAGGACUUGUAAUCGGCACUUUGACGAGCCGGUUUUUAAAGCAACAGAGAGAAGACCCGCUGAGCUUUGAAAGGUGUCAGAUCCUCCGGCAGAUCAGAUCACAGGGGUAUCCUCCCAAAAAGAUUCAAUAAUUUAAAAAAGAUGAAUGUAGGCGUAUGUAGGCAUGCGUCCUGGAAGUGAAAUCUUGGAUGAUUAUAUUUUUUUUUACUGUGGCACAUGUCAUCUACCUCCUGAGAGUUCAAAAUACAUUCAGAUGUCAAGGGAAAACUUUUAUAAAAGCGGAACUCCAGAUCUGCUUGUCCUGUGCCAAUAGCUUUGAGUAAUGUGUAUAAAUUGAGCAUUUGAGGAUGGAGCAAUAAUCUCACUUAAUAUCUUUAUAUUAUGUAAAUAUGGAUACAUUUUAACCAUAAAUAUUUAUGUGCAUCAAACUGAGAAAGUGUCAGACACGUUUUACUUCUCAGUGGUAGAAAUAAAACAACAUAAUUACCUUUAAACUUCUCUUUUGAGCAUUUUCUAUUUUUAAGGAUUCCUAGAGUCAGGUUUAUUCAGUCUUGAAAAACACUGCCUGCUUAUGUUUUCCAUCCAAGAUAUUUCUACUGAGGAAUGUAGAAUGACAGCUUAAUUACACAGAAUUUGUGUUUGGUGACAGCUCACCAGUGUCAGUUUUCUGUGUUGGUGCAAGUUUCAGCUUUGUAAAUGUACAAUGUGAUUUGUCUUCUUAAAUAAAACCCUUUUCCUUGA